GAGUGUCGUGGGUGUACUGUGGUUGCCGCUAAAAAGUCGUUGUAAAAUUUUGGACCUGAAAAAGGGUACAAAGCGCUUUGAACCUGUAUCGGUGUUGCUUGCAGGAUUGACUGUUUUCCUUUCACUAAAUCUACAGAAGCCGAGUAGAUCUCGCUCACGGAUAGUACUUAGACCGUACUUAUUUUCGUAGAUUCAUGUCAGGCAUCGCGAUUGCUAGACUCGCUGAGGAGAGAAAAGCAUGGAGGAAAGAUCAUCCAUUUGGCUUCGUAGCACGCCCUACAAAAAACCCAGAUGGAACGCUUAAUUUGAUGAGCUGGGAAUGUGCCAUUCCUGGAAAAAAAACUACUCCGUGGGAGGGUGGUCUUUACAAAUUGCGCAUGAUCUUCAAAGAUGAUUAUCCAUCAAGUCCUCCAAAAUGCAAAUUUGAACCACCUCUUUUCCAUCCCAAUGUUUAUCCAUCUGGUACCGUAUGCCUCUCAUUACUCGAUGAAGAAAAAGACUGGCGGCCAGCAAUUACAAUCAAGCAAAUUUUGCUUGGCAUUCAAGACCUGCUCAAUGAACCAAAUGUGAAAGAUCCGGCUCAAGCAGAAGCUUAUACCAUUUAUUGUCAAAACCGUUUGGAAUAUGAGAAGAGGGUUAAAGCACAGGCAAGAGCUAUGGCACCACAAGAAUGAAAAUCCCCAACUUUCUGGCUGAAAAAGCAUCAUUUCAGCUCAUUAAAGCUGCAACGAAUAUCUAAUAUAAUGCCGCAAAUAAUCUAUCCAAUUCUAGCGUCAUUACAAAUUUUUUUGUUUUGUUUACCCUACUUGUGAUCGAUACCGUUUUAAUUUUCAAAUAUUUUUUAGCACACUAUCGUCGAACACUUGAUCUCAUUUUUCUCGCGCGUGAAUAAGAUACACUUUUAGAUGUAUCGACAAUCCACGAAUUACUUUGUAUUGGCAAGUGUUCUUUUUACCGCAAAUGCUGCACACGAACACAGUGAAAUAAGUAAUAAUUGAUGUAUUCGGAAUAUCAAAAAUAAAGCUAGAAAUCGUGUGCCGAAUUGUAAGAAGCUCUUAAAUAACUAACGUACGUUAUAAGUAUUUAUACUUUAUGUAUUAUCCAAUAAAAUUUAUCAAAACAAA